GGAAGCUGAAAAAAAAAAAAAAAAAAAAAAAAAGCCUAACGUCAAAACCAUCAAAGGUAUCUCAGGGAUGAAGGUGAAAGGUUUCUGUUCCCUGGUGAUCUCGCUGGUGCUCUCCCCAGGCUCAGGGCUCUUCAUGGCUGUCUUAAUCCAAAUGACCAUGCCUGGGAAAAGCUCUAUAUAUGAAGAUCCUUGAUGCAGGUCAUCCUCAGAAGACAGGGACACCGGCUGGAGAGAGCCGUCAUCCUCCAGAGCUCGUUAUCAGGACCGAAGAUGUCGGCAUUCUGGACUGUUUUCCUCCUCAGCAGUCUGCUGGCCCCUUCACAAGGAUUUAUACUGCCAUCCUUGGUUUUCAGAGGAGAUACAGAUGGUUUUAAAGGUUCACCAGCUGGACGUGUUCCCCAGAGGCCUCAGGGUGGUCUCCUUGGUGGCAAUCUGCUUGGUGGUCUCCUGGGCAAAGAUGGUGCUGUAGGCAGCCUCCUUGGCAAAGAUGGAGUUGUUGGAGGCCUCCUAGGCAAAGAUGGUGCUGUUGGCAGUCUCCUUGGCAAAGAUGGUGCUGUUGGCAGUCUCCUUGGCAAAGAUGGAGUUGUUGGAGGUCUCCUUGGCAAAGAUGGAGCUGUUGGGGGUCUCCUUGGUGGAGAUGGUCUCCUGGAUGGUCUCCUUGGUGGAAGUGGUCUCCUUGGUGGAGAUGGUCUCCUGGGUGGUCUCCUUGGUGGAGAUGGUCUCCUUGGUGGUCUCCUUGACAGGGAUGGUGUCCUUGGUGGUAUCCUCGGCAAAGAUGGUGUCAUUGAUGGUCUCCUCGGCAAAGACGGUGUCGUUGACGGUCUCCUUGGCAAAGACGGUCUCGUUGAUACUCUCCUUGACACUGUCCUCGAACUUCUCAUUGGCAAAAAUGGUCUCCUUGGCAAAAAUGGUCUCGUUGGCAGCCUUCUUGGGAGAAAUGGUGAAGAACUCAUGGGACUGAGGAUUGUGAACAACACUCUCCCCAAAAUUAGCCUGCGCUCCCUGCCAGGCUUUGGGCACCAGGUGGACUUCAACACCCAGCUGCUGGUGGAGAGCACCAGUGUGCCGGGCCAGCCGCUCUGCGAGCAGGUGGAGGUAGACGCGACCAUGCUGGUCCAGGACACGUGGACAGCUCAGCAGAGCAAUAUGAACUGCAGGACUGUUGACAUAAGCAUCCACUGGGACACCUUGGUGCUGUCGGACAUCGAUGGCAGUGCUCUCCUUUCUGAUGCCCUGGGCUGCAACAUCCUCAGUGCCAGGCUCAACGUGGUGAACUCUCUGCUUGGCUCCAGGAACCAGAUGCUCCCGCUUGGGGCUCUGGGGGACCUGCCCCCCUUCUCCAUCCUCAGCAGUGACUCCAUCCAGCUGGAUCUGAACCUCCUCUCCGGGAAUGCCGAGGGUGGCAUGGUGGCCUCCACUCAGCAGCUACCACUCGCUGCCACCCUGCUGCUGGCCACUGGCCGCCCACCACGGCUCAGCCUCUCCCAGGACACCCUCAGCACCCUGCUGGAGCAGGUCCAGGGGCAGGGAGCCCUCAACCUCAGCAUCACCAACUGGCCGAUGAGCAGCCCAUCCCCUCUCCAAGGCCAGGUUCCCGAGAGCGGCUCGCUGUCCGUGUCCGCCCUUUUCCCGUUCAUCCCCCAGCUUGCCCAGGCCCUUCCUGGCUCUCUGCCACUGGAGCUGCGUGUUCGGAUGAGAGAUGAGCCGGUGGUGGCUGUGAGGGAUGGAAGAGCCACCGUCACCCUCAAAGCCGCUGUUGACGUCCUCAUUCCUGCCCUGCAGACCUCCCAGGGGCUCCUCUUCUCCCUCGACUUGGACAUUGUUCUGAACGUCACCCCAUCGGUCUCUGAUGGUAAACUGCAAACCUCCCUGGCUCUUGACAGCAUCAAGGUGACACGGUUCCCCCAGAAACUCGACCCUUCCACCGUCUCCUCGCUCACAGAAUGGCUCAAGCAGAUCCUCAUGGCUGUAUAUGUACCUGGUGUUAAUGAUGCCGUCCAUGUGUCGCUCCCUCUGCCCAACGUCCUCAACACCAGCCUCAGGAACGCUGAAGUCACCAUCACUGACGCGGAUGAGUUUCCCGGCCAGACCUCUCUGGAGAGAUACUGCUCGGGAGGAGCCUCGAUGCUGUUCCCUUUCUGAGGCAGCACAUCAUGCACCCCGAGCCUUCCUCCACUCCCUCCCUGCUCCUUUCCCUCAAGCACUGCCCUGUGCUGUGGGUGUGGCCUGAGCAAGACAGGCAAUUGCCUCUGGCUGGCAUCGGGGUGGGAAAGCUGCUAGGCUGGUGGAUGUUGGGGGGCUUCUGUGGCCCCUUUGAACAUCCACAGCUCUU